GAGAAACUGUCAUCAAAGUGUUGGCAACACUGCAAAUAAACCGCCAAAAAAAUUCAGUGUGGAGCUUUUGACAGCGAGGUUUUGUUUGUGUCCAAUUUUUUUCGGGUUUUAUGGCUAAAUUUUUGUGAAAAAUCAUGGAAAUUCCAGUGAAAAAUAAAUUAAUUGGUGUGGUGCAUAGUUUCGAAAUUGCUAGGCUGGUUUUGGGAUAUCUCAUAGAUGAGAGUCCGGAAACGGUGUACCUAGAAUUUGCCAAGACCAAUGAGUACCUCAAGGCUGAGUAUCAGAUCCUGAAAGAUGGCUACAAACCCACAACGAGUCUUCAGAGUCUUGUGCACAUCAUUGAGGAGUACUUUGAGAUUAAACUCUUGGUGGCACGAUACCAUGAUCGAACCAUGUCACAGGAUGGGAGAUUGACACUGAGUCAGAGUUUGAAGAAAAUUCUCGGAAUUCAGAGUGCUCAGAAGAGUCGUCCAACAAAGAGACGCCUCUCGAGCGUCAGAGUUGAAGAAGGUACUAGUGGGACUAGUGCACGUCCCAAAUCACCAGAUAUUUCAGAAUAUGAGGCUGAGGUUAAGAGAUAUAGGAUAUCUCAUUCAACAUCUCCAUCGUAUGUUCUAAAUGACGAUGAUGAACUUAUUCCCGAAGAUAACAAGAAGACAGAGGAGAAAUGCUCAAGAAUUGAGCAACCUCCGCGUCCGGAUACGAGUUCUUCCAUCCUUCCGGAAAGUAAAGAACCCCCUGAACCACGUAGUGUCCCAGAUAGCACUCCACAUUCCUCACAAGAUGUCCCGUCGACCAAACGGGAAGUCAUCAUGUCCCCUCCGGUUCCAAUCAAACAGCGUCUCCGGAAGCAGACAAAGAAGCCCGAAAAGUACUCGGAUGCACAGCCAGAGAAGAAAAACACUCGGAAAAAAAUCGAUAUAAUUUCCAAUGAGAAAGUUAUCAAUGUUAGCUGUGAAAAUUCGACAGAAUCUACUGUUUCUGCUCCCCUUCCGCCCAAUUCAUUCUUCCUGCCAACAUCAGGAAUGUCAAAUUUUGUCAUUGUCCACGCUCUGCCAGCACCCAUAGAUGGGAUGCAGCCUCAGAUUAAUUAUCCCUUUAUUCAGCAAUUUCCCGAAGCUCUACCGGGAAUUGAGUCUAGUGGUCAGAUUGUUGAUAUUCCGGUUCAGAUGCAACUUGAGGAGAUUAGUACCUGCCCUCCAGUCGUGGUUGGUAACCAAUCCACGCCAAAAAAUACGGAAAAACCUCUGUUGAUGCUCAAAAGUCAAUCAACACCGCGUCGGGUGGCUUCCCAUGUCCGGUGUUUAUUCAAUACUCCCAGUGGGAAGCUCCAGCACACAUCGGAUGCCACCAAUGCCCUCCUGGAGGGAGAUGAUGCCUCCAAAACUCCCCAUGUGAGGAAGAAUGCAAAGGAAUGUGCACGGCAAUUGGCUCAGGAAAAUGUUCCCGGUGUGGCUGGAAAUCAACAGACAGAGGAUGAAAAGAUGCGAGAAUGGAUGGAAUUGAGGGCAUUGGGAAAGUCACAGCAAUGGGAUCAGCAUCUAAGGGCACUGGAACGUGAGAAAUGCGAUGCAGCGAGGAGAAUACCAAAAACAGCCAAGAAAAAAUCAAUUCCCCGGACAAAUCUGGACAUUAAAGCAAAGAUGCUGGAGGAUGCACUCAAAAGUGCUAAGAAAGAACCGUCAAUAGGGAUCACAGAGCCUCAGGAAAAUGCCCCAGAGAAGGAGGAUUAUGAGAAACUUGUGCAGGAAUUGACAGAAAUGCCCCAGGCGGAUAAUAAUCCACCAGAAGGCACCAGGGAGGAGAAAAAGGCUGAACAGCAACCCAAUACUAGUCAAGAGGAAGUUGUCCUGACCAUUGACCUGCCAGAUGGUGGAGUUGGGGUGAAACAGCCCGAUGGGGAGAAUGUGGAAAAAAUUCUGAGUAUGUCAAUGUUACUGGAAACGCCAUUUAAGGAUGAAUUUUCUGCACAAUUCCCAACAACACCACGCUUCCUGAUACCCCAUACAACACCUGCCAUCAGGCCAGCCAUUGGAAGUGGCCCGGAAACUGCGAUAAAAAUUCCAGAACUCACAACACCCUGCUUCCCAAUAACACCUGGACUGAAGAUUACGCCGGACAAGGAGAGUCCGCUGAUGGGUCCAAUGGGACCAUGCAAUCGGCCCACGGAUUAUUCCUCCAGCAGUUCUUACUACAAGCCCGACGAAUCCGAAGAUACCGAUCAGAAAAUUGAGAAUAUGAUCAAUGCUACGAGGAAGAAGCGACUGGAGAGUGAAAAAUCUGAAGAUGGACUUCCAUUGACAGUUCUGGGGAAGGUUUUGGUCACCAAGACACCCAUCAAAUUGGACAAUCCUGUUGUUCUAGAACGGGCAAAAUCCUUCACAGAUGAUCCCAAGGAUCUUCACUACAAUUUCUUCUUCAACGAAGAACUUCCAGCUGAAGAGGAUUCAAUGUCUGAAUCCUCAUCAAGUUCAUCAUCAUCCUCUUCCAGUUCAUCAUCAUCAUCGUCGUCCAAUUCCUCCGAUGCGGAAUCGGACGAAGAGAAGGAUAAAAAUUGGGUAUCUCCUGAAAUUGAAGUGCCCAACAAAGAAUCUCAAUUUGCCAGUGAAUCCAGGGAAAUUCGGUUUCCACUGAGAAAUUGGGUGUCACCGCAGAAGGCUUUAAAGGAGGAAAUAGCACCAAUCGCAUCGAUUGCUCCGACUCCACAGCCUACUGAGGUACCUGAGUGUCAAACGAUGAAGUUGAUGAGUGAAUUAGAAGAGAAACGACUGAGAAUAAUGGAGAAGAUCAAGAAAGACGAAAAACCUGGAACUUCCAAGGGAAUGGUCAGGAAACGCACAGUAGCUGCAAAAAAUGCCAAAGUAAUCAAAACCACUCAAGCUGCUGCCAUCAAAGUGUCUCCGUCGAAACGGAAGACAGCCACGCCCCGGAAACUCAUUAGAGUGUCCCCAGGAAAUAAAGUCAGGUCUCUUCGUCAAAGAAAAGAAUCACCAAAACCUCCUGCAGUUCAGGAAACCCAAGGUGAACACCAAAAAACCAAUGAAGCAAAAGAAACAAAAGAACCUCUUCCUGGUGCUCCCCUGCAGGGAUAUACAAUCCCCAAAAAAGUACAAAAUCCCCCAAAAAAAUCAACAUUCUACCAUGAAGUCUUUGGAUCAUCAUCCGAAGAUGAGACCAGUCCCAAGGUCAAAGCAAAAGAACCUGAAGUUCAGGACAAAGCUGAAAGUCAAGCUGCAGCAAAAUUGUCCGUUUUGGCCAUGUUGGAGGAUUCUCCAAUGAAAAUUGAAGCUGAUUCUUCAAAAGAAUCUCCUGUCAAUCCUUCUCCUCCUCCUCCCCCUCCGCCACCCCCUCCCACUCCACCACCCCCUCCAGAAUCCAUCAAACAGCCCCCAAAGCCACCACAAAAGGGUGAAAUCGAAGAGGGAGAAAUUGAGGAAAGUGAUGAGGAGUAUGAUAAGUUCAAAUUGGAAACAACAGACAAGGUGAUCGAGAUGAAGCAUGAUCCCAAUACAAAACCCAAAAAUUUCAAUCUGGAGGACUUCAAUGCCGAUGCCAUGAUCAUGCGAAUUUGUCUGGAGGACAAUUCGCACUUUCAGUUAAGUCUGGGCGAUGCCACAAGCAUCUACGAAGUUGAUACGCAGAAGGAGCAGCAGAGACCUAAAAGGUGUCCCAGAAAGUCAUCGAGAACCAAGAAGCCACCUUCUGCUAAAGUGCCUGAAAGUGCUCCCGAAGAGACGACAAGUGCCACAGAGGGAGAAGCCAAGAAGGCAGCAAUAAAACCAAAAAUCAGUCUCAAGUACAAAACGAUGGAUGCCAAGAAUUUAACUCCCACAAUGAGCAAGAAACUCUGCUCUCCAGCCACAGGAGGAAGUUCCCUACCGAAGCUGGCUAAGAAUCAAAUAGAUGUUGUUCUAACGCACAUCCAUGGAUCCGAGAGAAAAUAAAAAAGAGACUAAUUUGUGUGUUUUACAAAAAGAUUUUUUGAGGCAAGAAAAAAAUAAAUAAAAAAUUUAGAGUUUCUUGAAGAA